AUGUCUCGUUUUUUCCGUUCUACAUCAGAUACUGAAUCUGAGACUGACUCUUCUGAAAACGAGUCCGUCUAUUCCCAAAGUGAUUCCGAGUAUGAUUCUGAGGCAGAGAGUUAUCACUCUGAAGCCGCCCAAGAUCAACCCAAAAAUCGUUUCUUGAAAGGUGGAAGCGACUCCGAGGAUUCUGACGAUGAAACCAGUAGAAAGCGCCAAGCAAGAUCCCAAAAGGAUAAGAGACUUGAAGAGAUGGAAAAUGCCGUAAAGGCUAUUGAAAAUGGUCAAAAGAACAAUGACUGGAACUUGAUCGCCACAGAAUUUGACAAGCUUACUGUCACCAUCUCCAGAGCUACAACUGGUUUCAACAAGAUUCCUAUGCCCAAGUUUUACAUCAAACUGAUGGUUGAGCUUGAAGACUCUUUAGCCGAGAGCCUCAAGAAAGAUAAAGGCAAAAAGAAGAGCACGGGCAAUACCAAGGCCAUGAACAACCUGAGACAGAAGCUCAAGAAGCUUUCCAAGCAAUAUGGUGAAUAUGUCACUGCUUAUAGAGAGAAUCCCGAGGAAUUCAUGAAAGAACAAGAGCAGCCUGGAGAUGAAUCAGAAGCUGAAGAUGAAGGCAGAGAAAUUCAAGAAACUCAUAGGGAAAUCACUGCUGAGGAGGAAGAUGGCUUUACUGCUGUUGGUGCAGGAGGAAAAGCAGUUGUCAAUCUCACCUCUGAAAAUGUUUUGGCUCGCUUAAGAGAAGUGUUAGAAAGCCGUGGUAGAAAGAACACAGAUCGUGUUGAACAGAUCAGCAUUUUGGAAUCUUUGUUAGAGAAAGCAAAAUCAUCCUUCCAAAAGAUUUCUGUUUUAUUAGCUCUUAUUGCUUCUCGUUUCGAUCUUAACGUUGGCAAGGCUCCUUUCAUGGACGUUGCCACAUGGAAGUCUGCUACCAACGAAUUCAACAGCUUGCUCCAAGAACUUGAAACCAAUAAAUCUUUCAUGGUUACCGAAGAUGCAGAAGAUCUUGACAAUGAAGACAGAGAUGUCGUUCCAAAAGCCGGCGAGGUUAUUAAACUUAGAGGAUCCAUUGUCAGUUUUGUCGAACGCUUAGAUGAUGAAUUUAACAAGUCUCUUCAAAACAUUGACCCUCAUGCAACUGAAUACAUUGACCGUCUUAGAGAUGAAGCCGCCAUCUAUGCUUUGUUACACCGUUCUCAGUUCUACCUUGAAACAUACAGCAUGACAUCUGCUAUUCCUAGAGUCAUCUUCCGCAAGUUAGAUCACGUCUACUACAAGCCUGAAAACGUCAUCAAGUCACUCGAGAUCGCUAGUAAGAAGCUUUUACCUGACUACGUUGUCACCAAGGUUACUACUGCCGAAGAACCCUCUGAGUUGAUCAACCAACUUUGCAACUAUCUCUAUAACGAUACUUCAAGUGUAUUCCGUACCCGUGCUAUGCUUUGCCAUAUUUAUCACUAUGCUCUUCUUAAGAAAUACUACACUGCCCGUGACUUAUUAUUAAUGUCCCAUGUACAAGAUUCCAUCCACCAGGCUGAUAUUGCCACUCAAAUCUUAUACAACCGUGCUAUGGUUCAACUUGGUAUCUGCGCUUUCCGCGAAGGUUUGAUCAAAGAAUCUCAUGCUACCCUUUCCGAGAUUCAAGGAUCUGGUCGUGUUAAAGAACUUUUGGCUCAAGGUGUUCAAACUCAACGCUUCAAUCAGCCUACUACUGUGGAUGUUGAAGCUGCUGAACGUCAACGUCAAUUACCUUUCCAUAUGCACAUCAAUUUGGAGCUUUUGGAAUGUAUCUUCUUGACAUGUUCUAUGCUUUUAGAAAUUCCUGCUCAAGCACAGGCUGGACCUAAUAACAAAAAGUUCAUCUCUAGACCCUUCCGUAGAUUACUUGAUUAUAAUGAGCGUCAAGCAUUCUGUGGCCCACCCGAGAAUACAAGAGACCAUAUCAUGAGCGCUGCCAAGGCCUUAGCAUCAGGUGAAUGGGAAAAGGCAAAGGAAUACAUCUUGGCUAUCAAGAUUUGGGAUUUGAUGACCGAAACAAACAAAAUCAAAGAAAUGCUUGUGCGCAAGAUUCAAGAAGAAGGGCUUCGUACAUACUUGUUUACGUAUGCUUCUUACUACUCCACAGUUGGAUUAGCACAAUUAUCCAAAAUGUUUGACUUGCCUAUUAACACAGUCUCUGCCAUUGUUGCAAAGAUGAUUUUCAAUGAAGAAUUAGCAGCGUCACUAGAUCAAGUUACUCAAUGUGUCGUCUUACAUCAAGUUGAACUUUCUAGACUCCAAGUGCUUUCUUUACAAUAUUCUGAAAAAGUGGCCAAUCUUGUUGAACAAAAUGAAAAAUUAACAACAACUUUUUAA